GGGGCGCCGCGAUCGCACUGAGCUGGAACUGCUAACGCGCCCGCGGCUGCUGCUGGGGGAGGACCAGCUCCCUCCUCCUCCUCCUCCGCAGCGCCACAGGGACCUGCCGACCCCGGGCAGCAGCAGCAGCCUCUCCAGCAGCAGCACCACCAGCAGCAGCACCAUGGACCUUUCCUUCAUGGCUGCACAGAUUCCUGUUAUGGGAGGAGCUUUCAUGGACUCACCCAAUGAGGACUUUGGUACAGAAUACUCCUUGUUUAAUUCAUCGGCCAAUGUCCAUGCAGCUGCUUCAAUGCAGAACCAGCCAGAAGAGACAUCCCGCUCCUCAAACGAUGCCAUAUUGUUAUGGAUUGCGAUCAUAGCAACAAUUGGAAACAUUGUGGUUGUGGGAGUGGUGUAUGCCUUCACAUUCUAAGAAGACAGGAGACUGGAAUACUGCAGGAGUGGAUGGCUACAAGCGUGUUUGUUGUGCGUGUUUGUGUAUAUAUACAUGUAUAGCUAUAUAAAUAUAUAUAGGUAGACACAUUUUGUUCAUUAAAAGCUGCCACAGUACUGGAAAUGAAGUGCAAGUUAUUAAACUUGAUCUUCAGUAGCAAAGUUUGGAUGCAUUGGCAAAUUUUGUGGAGGCAAAAGCUUUAAUCAAGAACAGCCAAUACAUGUCAUAUAUAAAUUUGAUGUGAAAGGCCAAUGCCGAUAUGCAAAAUACAAAAUGAAAGUGGGAUUUAUGUAGAAAAUGCUUAUUUCCUAUUGGUUGGAUUUUCUAGUAGCUCUGCUGUUUUUCGUUUGUUCCUUUUGUUGAGUUUUUAAUCUGCUUUGAGGAUUGGUAUUUCUAUCACAACAUUAUAUGAAAAAUGCUCUGUAUCUUAUGCUCCUUGGAAAUCUAGUUAUCUAGAUG